UCCUCCCAGAUGUGCUGAGAAGAGUGAGCACCACCUGGCCCCCAGUUCUCCUGGUUCAAGCUCUCCUGCAUCCUGGGCAGCCUUCUAGACCUUGAACAGAUCCAACCCAAGCCAUCGCCUAGACCCACCCUGAGCCUACAUCCAUCAGCCUCCACCUCAAUUAGCAUCUUAGCACGAGCAUCAGCCCCAACUCAGUCCCAGCCCUAAAGCAUCCCUGAGCCCAGGCAGGGUCCAGCUACACCCAGGACCCAGCAUGGCCAGGGACUUCCAGGACAUCCAGCAGCUGGACUCUGAGGAGAACGACCAUCAGCUUGGCAGAGGCGAGGGCCCAGACACUCGUGGACACAGCCCCGGGAGAGAAGAACCAUUCUGGAAAGGGAUGCCUCCUCCCCAGCCUCUCGUGCUGCAGCGUCUCUGCUCCAAGUUCCGCCUUAGUCUGUUUGUCCUGGUCUUCAAUGUCCUGCUGCUGGUGGCCAUCUGCGUGACAGGGUCCCAAAGAGCACAGCUGCAAGGGGAGCUGCAGACCCUACAGGACACUUUCAGCAACUUCUCGUCGAGCACCCUGAUGGACAUCCUGAAUCUCAGCUCCCACGGAGGCUUCGCCAGUGACAAGGUGAGACUGCUGGAAACCAAGCUGGAAAAGCAGCAGGAAGACCUGAAAGCAGAUCACGCCACUUUGCUGCUCCAUCUGAAGCACUUCCCCACCGAUCUGCGCACACUAACUUGUCAGAUGGCAUACUUCCAGAGCAACGGCACAGAAUGCUGCCCAGUGAACUGGGUGGAAUAUGAUGGCAGCUGCUACUGGUUCUCUCGCUUGGGGAAGCCCUGGCUCGAGGCUGAGAAGUACUGCCAGCUGGAGAAUGCCCACCUGGUGGUCGUCAACUCCAGAGAGGAGCAGAAGUUCGUUGUACAACACUCAAACCCCUUUAGAAUCUGGAUAGGUCUCACCGACAGUGAUGGCUCCUGGAAAUGGGUGGACGGCACAGACUACAGGCACAGCUACAACAGACCUCCAACCUGCAAACCCCCCUGCCUGGGCAUUUUGAAGAAAGGAAGGAGAGGAGAGUCUUCAGAAGCAUGGGGAGAGCUUGAAGAGGGAUAGAAGCGGGGGCGCUGAAGAAGCUCUGACCCUGGGGAGACUGCUCCUGCCUUCUUCUGAAAUUCACUGUGAUUAUUAUUAUUAUAAUUUUCAGCUUCCUCAGUGGAGUAGUGUGUAACUUGCGCUUAGUCACUUUGUCAUGCACAACUCUUUAUGACCCAUUGGGUGGUAGCCUGGCAGGCUCUUCGGAUUUCCCAGGCAAGAAUACUGGAGUGGGUUGC